GUGUUCACGUUUGAGCGGUGGAACAAGCACCGCAACAGCAUGCGGUAUGCCAAGCAUCUGGCCCACAUGUUCACAUCCCGCGUCUUCCGCCAGCUGCUGGGCCCCGUGCUGGCGGUGAUGACCAUCGCGCUGGCGGUGGGCGUGUACGAGACGCUGGUCGGCGCGGGCGCGCUGCCGGGGCACUGGCCGCACGUGACGCUGGCGCUGGGCCAGGGCUUCAACCUCACCGCCUUUGCCCUCUCCCUGCUGCUCGUCUUCCGCACCAACUCCUCCUACGACCGCUGGUGGGAGGCGCGCAAGCUGUGGGGGGGCGUGGUCAACCGCUGCCGAGACAUUGUGCGGCAGGUGGGGCCGCAGGGCCUGGUGUUCUUCCGCGACGAGGAUGCCCACCUGAAGGAGCUGCUGGCCCGCUGGACCAUGGCCUUCCCGCGGGUGCUCAUGUGCCACCUGCGGGAGGACAUGGACGUGGGCAAGGAGGUGGCGCACAUCUUGACGGCGCACGAGGUGGCGGUGAUGUGCGCCGCGGCGCACCGCCCCAACUUUGUGCUCCAGGUGAUGGCGGAGACGGUGCGCGCUGCGCGCCCCAACGAGCUGUGCCGCAUGCGCAUGGACGACAACCUGACCUUCUUCGAGGACGCCAUGGGCUCCUGCGAGCGCAUCCUGCGCACCCCCAUCCCCCUCUCCUACACCCGCCACACCUCGCGCUUCCUCCUGGUGUGGCUCAUCCUGCUGCCCUUCACGCUGUGGGCCGCCUACUCCUGGUUCUCCAUCCUGCUCUCCGGCAUCUUUGCCUUCCUCAUGUUUGGCAUCGACGAGAUCGGGGUGCAGAUCGAGGAGCCGUUUGGGUGGGUGGCGGCUACUUAUACAGCCUGGCAUUUGGCGUGCGAGAAGCCAGGGUGUUGCUGCUGGGUGGUUCUGUGUGGUGGUGUCCGUGCCAGCGCUGCUCAUCAGCGCUGA